AUGCCUGCUAUUUCAUUUACACGGAUAACACGUUCAACAGACACUUUACUUCCAAAAUUAAUUCAAUUACUUCGAACUUCUUUUGGGGAUAAUCUCGUUAGAGGUACUUCUCAACUUAAACAAGUUAUUGACACACAACCAAAUCAUUAUUUUAUUUCAGUAAACUAUAAUGGAAAAAUUGUAGGAGUUGUUGUUUAUUGGUAUUUGAUGAAACAGUUUCAUUUUAUAGAGCAUAUUGCAAUCUCUCCAGAGUUCAGAGGUGAAAAGAUAGGACAACAAGUAAUUGAACAUUUAUUCAAAACAAUUGGUGGUUUGUGGAUUCUUGAAGUUGAACCAACUGAAGAUGAAGUUCAUCAUCGGUUAAGAAAAUGGUAUUAUCGCAAUGGAUUUUCAAUUAUAGAUAAAAAUUAUAAACAACCAUCAUACUCAUUUGGAGGACAAUCAAUCCCCCUAUGGAUUAUGGCAACACAACCCCUUUCAAACAAGGUUUUGUCAACCUUUAUUUCUGUACUCAAACAUAAUGUAUAUGAAGCUCAUUAUAGCUUGAACCGUUUCUAG